AUGUUCUUUCGAAGUCUUUGGGGUCUCAAAAAAAAAGUCCCCCCAUUGGGAUACAGCAAGCAGGAUUAUUUCAAGAAGCUCAAAAACCCUCGCGCGAGCAAACCGUGGCGGGAUCGCAAAGCCACGAGUGCGGGGCAAAUCGACGUGGCCUCCCGCACCGACGUCUCCACCGACGAGGGCCAAGUCGUCCUGGGCAACCUCACCACCUCCCCUCCCCUGGGGCUGCGCAGCCCGCACCUCUCCCCCGAGGCCGCCGCCGAGGGUCUUCGGAUUGGCGCCCAGGGCCCCUCGCCGGCCUGGGGGCGAUGCGAAGGCCCGGCCGCGUCUUCGCUUUUGAAUCCAAACGGCCCAGCCCCCUCCCCGGCAUUGGGGGGGGUGACGUCUACGUCGUCGGGCGGCGCGGCCGCGGUAUUGCCGUACGGGGCGGAUUCCGGCAGGGCGCGGGCCCUUCUUCCGGCCUCGGGGGCGGCGGACGGGGCUUCCACCAUCGCCCGCCUUGGCUUUGGGCAGGCCGUCGAUCUCGAGGUCGAGGGGGUGCAGACCUACCCGGACGGGCCGGUCCCGAUUCACCUUCAACCCCACCGGCGAACCAAGAAGGAGGCGAUCGACUCGAUCGUCCUGCCGCGGCAUCUCAACGCGCUUUUUCACAAAAUCAUGGGCUGGUCCGAGGAGCUGGUGGAGCUCGAGGCCGCGGAGGCGUUCGACCGGCCGCUCGCGGAUUCCCCCGCGGCCCCAUCCCCCGCGAUGCUGCGGAAAAAAAUGGCGGACCUCUCGCAGGGGAUGAAAUACGGCGUCCUUCUCGACGCGUACGAGAAGGACGCCUUUGCGUUAGAGCACCAGCUGGAGUUGGCGGGGACGAAGAUGGAGCGGCGGUUUCUGGACUGGGAAGGGGCCCACGUCCUCGGCGAGGACCUCCCCCACGCGAUGGAGCCCGUUCUUCGGCAUAAAACCGCGAUCGUGAUGGAUACGCCCUCCGGCUUUUCAAUUCCGGUGCUCGGCCGGGAUUGCUGCUCGGGCUGCGGGGCGCUGUUCCAGGGCGAGGACGAGGCCGAAUUCGGGUACGUUUCGAAGGGCGAUGUCGAGCGCUACGCGGUCGAGCGGCAGCGGAAGCUCCAGGCGCGCCAUGAAUACGCCGCCCGGAUGGCGGAGCUGCAGGCGCACUGGGAAAAGCAUGGCCGCCGGGUCGGGGAGGAGUGGCUGGAUUUCAUGACCCAGGAGGAGUUCGACGCCUUUUAUCGCGAUCGAUCCACGCCGUUUGUCUGCCAUCGCUGCCAUGCGUUGGAGAAUUUGGGAGUGCAGGGGCGGCGAAAGGUCUGGUCCGCGCCCGAUUUUACCGAGAAGCUUCGCGUGCUCAAGGAGCGGCGUUGUGUGGUGGUGCUGGUGGUCGACAUCACCGACUUCCCCGGGUCGAUGAUUUACGAUUUGCCUGGGUUAAUUAGCAUGAACAAUCCCGUGAUCAUCGCGGCGAACAAGAUGGAUUGCGUGCGGAAUCGAAGUUUUCAGUACAGCGGGAAGGACCGUGCCGUCGCGUCCUGCCUGGUAUCCGAGCGCUACAUCCGACGUUGGGUGCUCGACAUCGCGACCCAGUUCGCGCUUCCCAAGCACUUAGUUCGCGAUGUGGUUCCCAUUUCGGCCAAGCGCGGUUGGAAUGUCGAGAAACUUAUCACUACCAUCGAGGACGCCUCCAAUUUGAACCUCCGGCGCCCCCACAAACCCCUCCCGACCUAUUUUAUCGGGGCCGCCAAUUCCGGGAAGUCGUCUCUCCUCAACGCCAUCGCGCACCAGCUCUACGUCCCUCAGCCCCCACACCCCCAAAGCCGGAAGGUCUACUACGCCACGCGGGACUCCCGGACCGGGAAGGAGGCCGUUUUCUGGCGCUGGUAUACCCCGCCGAAUGUGAACCAGGCCGAGAUGUUGGACAUCCCGUCCCGCCACGACAAGAAGGCGUCUAAAUUGCUGACGGUGUCGUCCUUGCCCGGGACGACCGUCUCCAUCAACGCCGUUCGUCUUUCGCUCGACAAGGGCGAGGGGGCGGGCGCCUCCUCCUCGCCGUCGGGGCAGACGUUUUUCUACGAUACGCCCGGUUUAGUACCGCACUGGCAUCAACGCUCCCCGCUGACGCUUCUGCAGAUGCGGCGGACGCUGAUUCGGAAGUUUCGCAAUCCGCAAUGCUUCAUUAUUUUGCCCGGGCAUACGCUUUUUUUGGCCGGACUCGCGGCGGUGAGUGUGAUGAAGGGCCCAGUGCGGGGGAUGCUCUUUAUGGUCUACACCUCGCAUAAGGCCCGCCACGCCAUCGUGAAUACCGACAAGGCGGACGAGUUUUGGGAGGCCCAGCUCGGGAAGGCGUUGGAGCCGCCUGGGUCGUUGGAGCAGCUCACGAAUAGCUCCGGCCGCGCCCUUGGGCUCUCCGAGAGCCGAAACUACUUGUUUGAGUGCUAUAAUCGCCACCGUCGACGCCCCAAGGCGGAUAUUUAUAUUUGCGGGCUCGGGUGGACCUCGUUUUGCGUGAGCGAGCCGGCCGAUGUCGUUUUGCGCGUGCGAACGCUGCCCGGGGUCAUCCACGGCGUCCGCGAACCACUUCGCUAUAACGACCUUCGGGCGUUUCGGCACUGGCCUAAACUCCUGCGGCGCUUUACCUCCAAAAGUAUCGAGGAUCUCGAGGACGACGUGGACCAUGAAUCGAUUAACAGCCUUGUUCGACUAAACACGCAGAAUAUUCCCAAUUCAACGCUUUCGGAUCCUCCCGAUGCGAGCGCGGGGACGACUUCGGUGGGUCAUUUGAGCGGUCUAUCGGUGCGGCCGGUUGUGAAGGAAUUCCACACUCGCCACACCACCGCAUCCUCCGCCCCAUUGGAGAGUCUGAUCGAGGAACUCCAAUCAUCCGGGAAAGUGUGA